UCACACUUCUGCUCUUCGUCGUCUUCGUCGUCUUCGUCGUCGUCUUCACAAACGUCACAGACAAAGUUGUGUGAUGAGAGCGGCGCGCUGGCUCCCCCUGGUGGUGGUCGUCGUUCCUCUGCUCUCAGCGUCGCGGCGGUGUCCUCGUCGCUGGCUGCUCUUCGCCGACGACAGAUGUGCGGCGCCGUUUCCGGUCUGGGCCUCGUGGAGCGACGCCGAGCUCCUCUGCUCUCAGUCCGACUCGCACCUCGUCUCGCUCCGUUCCCGUGACGACGUGGAAUUUGUCGGUAAAAUGGCGGCUAAACUUGGCGUUCCCGUUUGGACCGGAGGAUACUCUGUCCCUCAGAGUGAAUCGUGGUCCUGGAGCGACGGGUCUUAUUUCAGUUUAAACGUUUGCACCAAUCAGAUGAAAAACCACAGCGAGUGUCUGGAGGCAGAAGGUGGUGAGGUGAGGAGCGCCCCCUGUGGUGAGAUGCGGUUCUACAUCUGCUCCAGACACACGAGUUUGGAGGACGAUGAAGAGGCCGGAGCGUCUCCAGACUUUUCCGCUGGGAGCUGGGUUCACAAACAUUUUGAAAUGUUGCAAGCAUGA